AGUUGUCAGUCUGCGAUUUCGAAGUAGGGGCUGGAGGAGGUUAAACGACCCGAGCUCGGAAACGACCAGAGAAAGUGCAGGCGAAAGUAAUGUGGCUCGGACACGCUGGGUGGUCAUCCUUGUCGGCGAGAUGACGGGAGGUGCAGAUUGCCCCUGGACAGGUAGUUAGGAGUGUGUGCUCCCCUGGACGGAGAAGAGCCGAAUACUCGGGACCAGGAUCAGUGCUGUACAUUAUAUCAAGGGCCCGGGAUGCCCAAAGAACCAAGAGGAGAUACCCAAGGGUGUGUAGGGGAGAGGGAACGCACCUCCCGCCCAGCAACUAAAAAUGCUAAAGACAAAAGCAACAGCGCCGCCCUUUUGGCCUCUAGAGCAAGAGCACACACUGAACAGCAAAUGAAUGGACGUGACUCGCGCUGCUCUGAGAAAGACUCUGGUUACUCGGACACUGGCUCCGACUCUUUGCAGACUGAUGCAGAUGACCAGCAGAGCAGUGUGAAUGAGCCUCAGGUCCGCAAAGGUUUGGGUGGGGUGGACCAGGGUCCCCUGCAGGGAAGCCAUAUACUGGUGUCCGGGACGCCUGAACUCACCCCUAUAUUCAUCAUUAAGAAUGUGGUGUUGAAGCAGCCUGGGCAAUCUGGUCAGGACCACAUCCUGCCUUCAUCUCUGUCAUGGGAUGGAGGUGCUACAAGCAAUCAAGGUCCCACCCACGUCCUCUUGCUACAACAACCUGGCAUCAAUCAAAGCGCCCCGUUGCACAUCCUCAAACCCCAGCCACCGAGAUCCGACAGCAAGGGUGUAAAGAAGAGCAAAAACACUUAUCUCCCCAUCCUAAACUCCUACCCUCGAAUCGCACCUCACCCGAGUAAGAAAACCCCAGAGAAACCAACUGCCAGUAGAGGAUUUAACACAGAGGAGCACAGCCUGAGUAAGAGAGUAUGCACUGAGCAGAAGAGAGACGAGGUGUCCACAAGCACGCAAGCGGCCAAACAGCACCUGCACAAACAGCCAGAGAACAACUUGCUGUUGCACUCUCAUUCCCUCUCACGUUCUUUGUCUGCAGGCCGUGAGACACUAUCUGGCUCUCACCAGCACCAGAGCCCAUGUCGCCCAACUAGUCCCUCUGCCUCCCUCAACGUGAGCUCUCCGUCCAUCUCAAGCACUCAGACGCUUUCCCCACCCUCUUCCAACAACUUCAUCCAAGGCAGAAAAGAGCCCCAUAAGCAUUGCCCAGAAGCGAAUAAUAGCUCUGGCAAAGGGUCAAACAACCUCAAAGGGACAGCACGGCAUCGUCGUUUCCUCAACACAGUUGAGAUUCUGAGCCAGUUGGGACUACUUGACAUCACCUUAAGGACGCAGGAUCUGCUAAGGCAAAAUGCGGCCACCGAACGAGACAUAACCCAGCUUCGCCAACAUGCCCAUCUGCUUUUCCAGGCCGCCCAAGCAGGUGCUGAUGCUCCAGCUGCCUGGGAGAAGCUCCAACAGGUCAUGGCUGAGUCUGGGCACUAUCCCAGCCUCAAGUGCCUACCUACAGACAGCAGCAAUGGAAGGUCUCAAUCAAAAGUAGAAGUCGAGGCGGCCACCAGCACCAAGCCUGAUACUCCUGUGGUGUACAGGUAUGGACUUAAUGGCACUGAAGAGGUGGCACCUCCAUCUCCUCUUCUCGAUCCAAAUUCAGUCACAGAAUGGCAGUCAACCGGUCAAUAUGAGUCUGUAAGUGAUAGCAUCGCCACUUCUGAGCAAAUGAGAGCCCAUAGAGGAAUGUUGAGUCUACCAGAUGACCCCAUAAUGCCUCCAGACAGUUCUACGCAUGGAAACCUGCUUUAGACUGCACCCAGAAACCUGCUGAGCACUGGGCCUUUACAGCAGAGAAACAGCCAGGGAGGCUUUCUCGAACAUCUCAAACAUGAUUUCAGAGAUAUUAUCAUUGCCCCAAUAUUCACUCAGGGCUGUGCUCAAGGACAGUGUCUUGACUGCGCUGUGUGCCAUCUUCCUGUCUGUCACGUUUCUACUCAUCAGUAUCAGGAAUAUCCCAAAGUGAUGAGAGCUAUACUGAAUUUAACGCACAUGCUACAGACUGCCACUCAUCUAUCUCCAUCAGCUAUCCUGCUUCAUAAUGGAAUCAAGAAGCAACUUCAGGUUUUCAGUGGCCAUUUGCAAAUGUUUUUGAUAGCAACACUUCAUGCAUAGUCGAUCACAGAGUAUUUAAAAAUGAAAGCCUGUUUUCCGACUUUGUUGUUUUAUAUUAGAAACUAGUUGUAUAAUUUGCAAUCAUUGUCACAGUUUGUAGCAUGUAGCGUUUCUGAAUAACAUGACUGGGGAUGGUCUUUCGCAAAAAUAUGGUAGUAAUUAUUGACGAGUUCCCCUCUGUGAGGCCUUGUCGUGCAUGAAGGUCCCGAAAAGUCCCCACAUGCAAAGACAAUAAGAACUGCGUAAGAAUUAUUCCCGCGGUGAUCUUGCUAAAGUCCAUGGAGCUUUUGUUCUUCUGCACUUCAUCUGAUUGCAUCGAUCUGCUUGCUUUACGUCUUCAUUUUUGACCAUGGACCAAGACACCCACUACUCAAGCCUUUUUUGAAUUGGGUUGGCUGAGAAGAAGGGUCAAAUUCGAGUGUUUAUAUGAGCUGUAUUUCCUAUUGAUUUGAUCAUGACGUCUUUUGUGAGCUUUCUUGAGUUAAGUGUUUUGUGCCAGCCUUAAUGUAUUCUGCAACACCUUUCCAUUUCUUCCCCAAUUCUCUACUAAAGCACCAAGCUUUUUGGCACAUUUUUUGAUACUCUUGACAUGACACUAAUGUAUUAUUUGUUGUUGUUGUGGUGUAUUUCCUUUUUAUUUGCUAUUUUUGAGUAAGCCGCCAGACCCACACAGAGAAUUUUCGUAUCACAAAAUUGUGCACAUCAUCAUUGCAUAUACGUUUAUGAAACAUUUUGGCUAAUUUGAUUAGGCUUUCAGAGUUUAUUACUUUAUAGGUUAACACGUUAUGUUUCAGGUAUUUUUUCCUAAAAUAAAUACAGAAAUUGAAGAAAGGUCUGCAGAUUAAACUUGGGCAAGAUUGUUUAAUAACCUUAGAGUUCUUUGUGACAGAUUUUUUUUUUGUCUUCUUCCUUCAUCAGCUCUUUAAUUUUCUUUUUAUAGAUAUUGAUGGUGUGUUUGUACACAGCAAUGAUCUUAAGUCCAAAUAAAUGGCAGUACACGAGGGAUGUUCUGAGCUGUGUGUAUGGCCUGGUGAAGCGAAUAAUGAGUUUGUGUUUGAAAUGAAUGGCAUGCUAUGACAUGAUCGAUAUUUGAUCAAUAUCUGCCCAUGUAGCAGCACAAGAAGUACAGUAUGUAAUGCAAUUCUAAUGCAUUUUAAGAGUGUGUGUAAGCUAUAUUCUUACAUAAGUGAUAUGAAGCAGAAGAUAAAAGUGUGUGCGUGUGUAAGUGUAUGAUACUUUUAAGUGUUUCCACGCAGUAUGUUUGCUGAAGACAAACUUUUAGCGCUAUUACACUACAUGCAGAUGCAAAUAAAAAACUUCAUUAAAAGA